AUGGCGGGCGAGGCGGGUAAGGCGCGCACCGUGCUUCUGGCGACCGAGAAGGCCUUUGCGGCCGACGCGGUGGCCAAGAUCCAGGCCGCCUUCGACGAGUCCAAGUACACAAUGAAGAAGCUGGAGAACUACAAGAGCAAGGACGAGCUCCUGGCCGCCGUGGCCGACGUGGACGCGAUGAUCAUCCGCAGCGACAUCGUGGACGCCGCGGUCCUGGAGAAGGCCGCGAAGCUGAAGAUCGUCGUCCGUGCCGGCGCCGGGUAUGACAACAUCGACUUGAAGGCCUGUGAGGCGAAGUCGAUCACGGCGAUGAACACCCCGGGGCAGAACGCGAACGCCGUCGCCGAGUUGGUGUUCGGCAUGAUGUUGACGAGUGCCCGCAACAACUACGACGGCACCAGCGGCUUCGAGCUCGUCGGCCGCAGCAUCGCGUUCUACGGCUACGGCGCCGUCGCCAGGGCGGUGGGGAAGUUGGCAGCAGGUUUCGGGAUGGUCCUGUACGCCUAUGACCCCUACAUCCCGAAGGAUGCCAUCAAGAAAAUGGGCGCCGAGCCUGUGGACACCGUGGCGGACCUCUUCAAACACCAGUAUGUGUCGCUGCACGUGCCGCUGACUCCAGAGACCAAGGAGUCCAUCAACAAGGAGCUGCUGCUCAAGAUGCCCAAGGGCGGCACCCUGAUCAACACUGCAAGGAUGGAGGUUGUGCACGAGGCGCAGAUGCUCGAGGUGCUGAAGGAGAGGCCCGACUUCUGCUACCUGUGCGACGUCGGCUUCAAGGCACAGGAGGAGGCGAAGGCGAUCGUUGGGGACAAGUACAUGAAGCGGGUGAUCUUCACCAAGAAGAAGAUGGGCGCCCAGACCGUCGAGGCCAACAACAACGCUGGCAUCGCUGCGGCCAACCAGAUCGUUGGCUUCUUCGAGAAGGGCGAGACCAAAUUCUCUCUCAAGGCCUGA